AUGUUCUUGCUCGCCGCUUCGGGUGUGUGCGGACUCCUCUCUCCGAUUGAACACCACCAUCUCAGCUUCCACCGGACCAGCUGCAGACCGAGCUCAUGGUCUCUAAUUUCAUAAACUGACCGUUUCUUGUGUUCCAAUUUCACACAGGUUCCUCUGUCAUGGCCUGGAAUCGUGGCGUCGAGGCAACUCCCACGGGCAGCCCGGGCAUGGGCAGUGGCAUCUCUCAGAUGAACAGUGGGACUGCGAACUUCACAAAUAACUCCACCGACGGCGGCAUGGCGGCUGCGGGCGACGGUUAGUUCAAGAAACAGUGCCAGUUUCGUUUUUCUUGAAGAGACAUCCCCUGAUGGAGCUUUUGUAACUCGGCUGUGCAGCGGCUCUCCGAGGUCUUCUUGAUGCGGCUUCAAAUACCUCAAGCCCAUGCACACCCGAAUGCAACCCCUGGGUCACUGACACGGCAGUGAGUGUUGACGGGUUUGAUGGCGAUAAAUACCAUUUCCCAGUUUACUCACUUUGUGUGAACGUUGUCCGCACCCAGAAUUGUGCCAAAGCCAACGAGAAAGACUUUUUCCAAAUUGUCAAGUGCACUUGCGACGCGACCACGAUGGCAGCCAUGGCCAAGUGCGGCACGUGUUUCAACCUGACAACCAAUGUCAACACCUAUGAGCUCAUGUGUACAACCAUGGUCAACAACGUCACUCGAGUCGUCACGACGACUACUCCGACCGCGACUGGGGUGAUCAACGCGCAGUCCGCAUCUGCCGCUGCUACCACCUCCAAGGCCUCGGCGGCGAACAGCCUCGGGAUGUCGUCGACUGCUCAAGGCGCGGCAGUCGCCUUGCUCGCCAGUGUGGUCGGUCUGCUGAGUAUUUAA